GAAUCACAAGAGUUAACAUUACAGAGAACCUGUCUGUUUCACUAUACAUGAAUUACAUUAACAAUUUCCCUUUAAAAUGUUUUCAAAGUGUGACUUCAUAUGUUAGAGAGAGUGGGGCGACAGAACAAGACAUUGGAAGCUUCUGUGGUCGAGGGUAACUGCUUUUGUUCAGAGGUUUACAAAAGCACCUCCAUCGAUAGUGCAUUUGAUGGUAACGCGCCUAAAUUUCAAACAGACCAAUCAGCGCACUCCAUCUGACCACCUCGACCGUUAACGGCGGUACGAAUUUCCAAAGAGUUUUCUCCAGUUGCCUUGGUUCACCGUUUCUCUUAAUUAGGACAUCCCGGAAGACUCCCGGUGCUGAGAGCAGCUGAGUGACGGGGCAGAGAGGGGAGCGCACGCACGGCCACAGCCCACAGCAGAAAAUCCGCCCUCGGACACUGACAGACACAAGAAAACAUCCCGAUCUAAAUUCACUGCGGACCAGAGGAGGGAGGUUCGUGACCAUGGAAGGUUUAAUGGAGCGUCUGGAGCGGGCAGUGACCCGUCUGGAGCAGCUGUCUGUUAACAUGCAGACCUCUAGCGGCCUAGCUAACGGGGACUGUGUCAACGGCAUCGAUGGAGGCAAGUCUCAGUGUGUGGAGGCCUUCGACGUGCUGUUGAAGGGUCCAGUGUCCGACUACCUCAAGCACAGCAGAGCCAUAGGAAACGACGUGGAGAAACAUGCAGAGUUGGUGAAUAGUUCUCUGCUGACUCUGAAGAAUUUCCUGCAAAUUGUCUCAACACACCAGGAACCAGCACAGACAGAGUUCCACGAUCUGCUGAAACCAAUCUGCGACCACAUCCAGGAGAUUCAGAAUUUCAGAGAGCGAAACCGCGGCAGCAGCCUCUUCAACCACCUGUCAGCCAUCAGUGAGAGCAUCCCUGCUCUCGGCUGGGUUGCUGUGAGUCCAAAGCCGGGCCCCUACGUGAAGGAGAUGAACGACGCUGCCACCUUCUACACCAACAGAGUUCUAAAGGACUUCAAGGAGACUGACAGGCGUCAUGUGGACUGGGUUCAGUCCUACCUGUCCAUCUGGAACGACAUGCAGUCUUUCAUCAAACAACACCACACAACUGGACUGGUGUGGAGCAAAACGGGCCCGAUUGCGCCUCCUUCUGUCGUUGACCCUCCUAAAUCCACCUGUCCUCCACCACCUCCUCCUCCUCCCCCCGGGCCACCUCCAGUCUUCAUGGAUGAGGACCCUCAGCCUCACACAGGGGCUGCAGCAGCUACACACUCAGCGCUGUUUGCUCAGCUCAACCAGGGAAUGAACAUCACCAAAGGUUUGAAACAUGUGUCAGAUGACCAGAAGACGCACAAAAAUCAGAAUUUACGAACUCCAGCUGCACCGACCAAAACCAAAUCCUCUGCAGUGGAAAAAUCCAAAUCAAAGACAGCCAUCCAGAAAAGACCUGCACUGCUAGAACUGGAGGGGAAGAAGUGGAGGGUGGAAAACUUUGAGCAGAAACAUGACCUGCUGAUCGAGGAGACGGAGCUGAAGCAGGUGGUCUACGUAUUCAACUGUAAUAACUGCACUCUUCAGAUCAAGGGGAAAAUUAACUCCAUCAUCAUUGACAACUGUAAGAAGCUGGGUCUGGUUUUUGAGAAUGUGGUUGGGAUCGUGGAGGUCAUCAACUGUAAGUCUGUUCAGUUACAGGUGGUAGGCACUGUCCCCACAAUGUCCAUAAACAAGACAGAAGGCUGCCAGGUUUACCUGAGCAAAGAGUCUCUGAACUGUGACAUUGUCAGUGCCAAAAGCUCAGAGAUGAACAUCAUGAUACCUACAGACGAUGAUGAUUAUAGGGAGUUUCCAGUCCCAGAACAGUUCAAGACCAUUUGGGAUGGUUCCAAACUGGUGACAGAACCAACUGAAAUUGCAGGUUGAGUUAGACCCUCAUCAUCAUCACCUCACUUCUAUUAAUCACCAUUGCUUAGUAAAUCAACAAGGUGUGCACAGUACUGUGUAUAUGUUCAACACCUGUGAAUUAAAAGGAAUAAAAGGGAUAGGUUGUAAUAAAAACUUGCAGCCAUAGCAACCCUCUGUGGAACUAAUUGUCCACCCCUGCUCUAAAUACUGACUCGCUGCAUAAAUGUUUUGAUCCUAACUGUGGCAUCACUGUAAUGCAACACCAUCAGCUUUCACUUGAGUCUACUUACUGGUUCAUUUGAUUUGCCAAGGGCUCAGUGGUCAUGUAGUACUGUAGUAGUAAGACAAUGGAUAAAUAACACAUAAAACACUUUGUUGCCUUAGAAUGAUGAGUCAUAUAUAAUCCUAAGCACCUCCUAGUCUAUUUACACAUUUGUGUAUUUUAUAAUAAGAUGUAGUAUCAAGCACUGGCACAGGAGUACUGCUAAUGUUUUUUUAUUAUAUAACCACAAUAUGACAAAAUUAUGUAUCUUUUUCAAAUAAAAGCAAACCUGCC